AUGCAAAGCUCGAUUGGCACCCAGAUGAGGCAUAAUAUUCCUUCACUCGUGAAAGUUUUCUGCUACAUCUGUUUCCUGCCCUCAUUAGCUUCCCAACUUCAUCAAAGUUCGAAGACGUUUCACUUAGUCGAAAAAUCCCCGCAAGGAACUGUUGUUGUCAACGACUUACGCCAAAUCUUGGGAUUAGUCAGUGGCAAUGACGGAAGCAGCCUUUUGGCCAUCAGCAAUGCUGCUCUCCCAGGUGCGUCAUCUUUUAAAAUCGAUCAGACACGUGGAGGCCUCGUUGUUCAGACGCCCCCAGAUCGAGAUGCUCUUUGUCCCACCAACCCACGCGGCAGCAUUGACCUCGCCAGUGUAGGAGGUGUAAGUGAUCGACGAGAGAUUUAUCUCGACAACGAACCGGCGAACCAGCACCCAAAUGUUCUACAUCGGCCUUGCGUCAUUCAACUGUCCAUUGUCUAUGGUUCGCCGAGCGAGCCUUCUUUUGACAUACUCACGAUUAUCCUUGACGACAUAAACGAUCACGCACCGAAGUUUAUGGACGAAGAAGAGCAUGUGAUAAGAGUACUUGAGACUCCAAGUGGGAGUCAUCCAUCAUCACAUCAGUAUGGAUCAAAAAUCAACCACAAAAAGAUCCGCAUUCCUCUGCCUGAGGCAGUCGAUUCGGACGCGCCAGAAAAUGGGAUCCGACAUUAUCGCCUGGAGGGAGAGGAUGCCUAUCUCUUUUACCUAGAAAUUGGUCAUGGAGGAGAUGGUGAAAUAGCCACGGAAGUUGAUCCUAGGCAUCUGUCGCCCACGUCAGAGAAACGUUUGUGGCUUAUCCCCUCCAGAAUGUCGGGAGAAGCUCCUUCUGGCUUAGAUUAUGAGCAGAGAAGGGAGUACAGAUUUGUACUGGUGGCGGUGGACGGUGGAAUGCCACCGAGAUCGGGCCGCCUUCCCGUGCGCCUGAUAAUUGAGGAUGUUAACGACCAUGUACCUACCUUCAGCCAGACACAGUACAUGGGCGUUAUGUCUGAGGACGAUCCCCCUGGACAUGUGGUUCUUCAACUGCAGGCCUCUGAUGCAGACGGAAAAUAUGAAAACCACCGGAUUAACUUUCGGAUUCCAGGCAACGAAGGCCAAUCGUCAAAUCUGCCGUACUCGGAGGCGCAGGCAGCAGCAGCUAAUCUCUUCGACAUUGAAAUUGUUAGUCCUUAUGACUAUGGUUCAGAUUUGUCUACUGAUCAUUGGAGAAAUUUUACCACAGGUCAGCUCAUUGUACAAAGGAAACCAGAAAAACAACUACGACAGGCAGCAAAGAGGGCUCUGGAAGCGGCCAAAAAGCUGCAAGUCAGCAGUUUGGACAUACCCCAUUCAAGGCUUAGGUUUCGUCCACUAGAUAUCCCCUCUUACCAACUGCGAUUUGUUGUGGAAGCCUACGAUUUUGGUACACCGUCGCUAUCGUCACAAGUUCCCGUAUUCGUUAAGAUCGUUGACGUGAAUGAUGACGCACCGGAAAUCUUCGUUGAUUACAUCACAACGGCUCCACGUCGACAAAGUGGAAAGAGUUCUUGUGGGACUCUACUAGAGGGUCAGGGCCGUUCAAUGAUAGCACAAGUUACGGUGGUUGAUAGCGAUGCAACCUCAAUUACCACUGAAGUCGUCUGCAGUUUGAACGAUUCACGUUUCUCUCUGGAGCCCAUUUCUACAAUGGGGAAUUCAGACUGGUCAAACAUGGGGACAAAUGGCCCAAGCAUUAAAAGUGGUCCUUCAAUGCUGAUGUAUAAACUGAUGUCAACGGGCCCGCUAGACCGAGAAGGAACUGGAGGAAGUCUUGUAGCUGUUCUCAUCUCCUGCACGGAUAAUCAGGAUGUUGAAACGGAAUCCAAACGCCUGACGUCACGUGUUGAACUCUGUGUCAACAUUGAGGAUAUAAACGACAAUCCGCCACAGUUUUCGUCAAGUGUCUAUACAUUCAAGGUGCCGGAAAACCUCCCGCCCUCUAACCGAAGUUAUCAGCCGCCUUAUGCUACAAGUGGGUACUUUAUUGGCAAAGUUCUCGCCACCGAUCGUGAUACUGGCUUGAAUGCGAAAAUAGAAUAUUCUCUCUCUUCUAACGCAAAAGGUUUGAUUGACGUUGAUCCAGAGAAUGGCAGCCUUUACCUGAUCAACCCGUUCGACCGAGAGAAAACCAAACAAUUCAUAUUCACAGUGUUCGCUAUGGAUCAGACCCCGGGAAACAAAACAGGCGAUGUUAGAUUGUCUAGCAGUGCUGAGGUGCGCAUAGUUGUGACCGAUAUAAACGACUGCCACCCUGAAUUCGAGUCCACCAAUUAUAACUUCGAAGUAGAGGAGAACGUCGAGUUGGCUGAGGUUGGGAGGGUCAAAGCAACCGACGCCGACACUGGUGACUUCGGGCGUGUGAGGUAUAGGCUUGCAGCAAACGAACUCCAAUUCCCUGACGACGCUAGUCUAAUCAAAAAGAACAAUGCUGAUGCUCUGAUAUUGAGCUUAUUCCAAAUAGAUCCUCGUCUAGGAAUUAUCCGAUUGCGAGGGCACCUAGAUAGAGAGAAGAAGGUGCAUUACGAAUUCAUUGUUCUCGCAAUGGACAAUAUCCCGCUGAGUGGCGAAGUGCCUCCAAGUCAAUCGGCGGUGCGCUUCACAGCCACCGCAACUGUACUCGUCAUGGUGCUCGAUCAAAACGACAACCCCCCUCAGAUCUUGUCGCCCAGAAAUCUUGCUGAGUUCAUGCUCAGUCCUGAUCAAAUGAUAGCCGGCACGACAAUUUUCACAAUUGAAGCAGUCGACAGCGAUCAGGGCGAGAAUGCAACUGUCGAGUACGAGUUACUGACACCCGAGGCAGUGUCAGAUAACACCUCUGACUUGAGUGUACCAUGGGUAGCGAAAAACUUUCCCUUUGCUAUUGACCGGACAGCGGGAAUUUGUUACCUUAAGCAAAACCUUCCUCCGCUUAAUGCCAAUGGCGCAAAUUUGUACACCUUCCAAGUCAAAGCCUACGACUUGGGCACACCAACGAGUCUCAAUUCUACAGUUACCGUGAGGAUACUUCGUGGUACCAAGUCCCUUUCCGGAUCCUACACGGACCCCCUUCUCAUGCAUAACCGAUAUGGGAUCGAAGUGGCCUCCAAGGGAGCAGGUGGGGCUAAUGUCUAUCCUGGCAGUGACUGGAUGGGCGAAUGGAACGGAGACAUGAGUGGGAUUCCAAACAAAACGAUGGCAAUAAUUAUUGCCGCUGUCUUCGCCGUUGUCAUUCUGCUGGCCAUUCUGGUAUUUGUUUACUUCCGACACCAGAAAAGUUUCAACGCUCGAAUGCUCGUCAACGGUGUGCUUGGGAGUCCGCAGGAAAUCAAGGGUCCUGAGAGUUACAUUGCCGGUAAGCUCGUUUUCAAUGGGCUUUUUUGA